AUGCGCGAUGGCUACGACGCCGAGCUGGCCAUCCCGCGCGUCCGCUUCCACGGCAACGAGGUCGGCCUGUCCAGCAGCGUGACGGGCCAGGCGUCCAGCUUCCACGAGCCGCAGACGCUCGAGGGCGAGUCGACGGAGCCCAUCAGCUCGCUGAUUGUGUGUUGCAAGGCGCCCGUCGUGCUGCAGGGCCUGUCUGCCGUGAAGCACCGCCUGCACAAGCACUCGGUCGUCCUGUUUCUGCAGAACGGCAUGGGCAUCGUGGAUGAGGUGAACCGUGACAUCUUCCCGGACCCCGCCACGCGACCGCACUACAUGCUGGGCAUCAACUCGCACGGCUUGCACUCGGCGCCCGAUGCUCCCUUCACCACAGUCCAUGCCGGCUUUGGCACAAUCUCGCUCGGCAUCCUUCCGCACGAGCGAGACCGCGACCCCAAGUCUCCCUAUGCACCGUCCAAGAAGCUCGCCCCCCACGGACACGCAGCACAGCACAACCCAAAUAACCCAAGACCGCCAGGCACCCAAGACGACGACGUCGCUCUCCCCACAUCGGCCUCCACCACCUGGACCCCCAACGAGCGCCAUCUCCUGCGCACUCUCCUCCGCACCCCGGUCCUGUCCGCAACCGCCUUCUCGCCGCCAGACCUCCUCCAGAUGCAGCUCGAGAAGCUCGCCGUCAACUGCAUCAUCAACCCACUCACCGUACUGCUCGACGCACGCAACGGCUCCAUCCUCUACAACUACGCCCUGACGCGCUCCAUGCGCCUGCUGCUGUCUGAGAUCAGCCUCGUCGUGCGCUCGCUCCCCGAACUGCAGUACAUCCCCAAUGUCUCCUCGCGCUUCGACCCGGGUCGUCUCGAGACCAUCGUCGUCAGCGUCGCGCAGAAGACAAAGGACAACAUCAGCAGCAUGCUGGCCGAUGCGCGCGCAGGCCGACAGACGGAGAUUGACUACAUCAAUGGCUGGAUCGUGAAGAGGGGAGAGGAGCUGGGGCUGCGCUGUGUAAUGAACUACAUGAUGGUGAACUUGGUCAAGGGGAAGGCGCAGAUGAUCGAUCUGGAGAUUGGCGAGGGCGUGCCGUUUGUUGGUGGAGGAGAGAAGAAGGACGGCGGAUUGGAGGUCAGAAGCGGUGUUGCAAAGAUCAAAGGGGAAGAAGAGACUCGCGAGCGCAGCGGAGAGGACAAGUCGAAGCUGUAA